ACGAGAUAUUCCCCGUCCUGAAUCCCUGAUAAUGGAGGAAUCUACACUCAAACGAAAUUCGAGUUGUCCGGAUAAUCAGUGUGCUAAGGCCAUGCGUUCGACUUUGAUUCUGCGGCCGAAAAGCGGAUCUCCAUUGCUGUUGCUGUUUUCAGAAGAGGAUGGUUGUCGUCUGUACAGCCCAGAGGAAGAUAGGGUUUACGAGACAACGAGGAGUGACUUUUCAGGAUACCGAAUCCUGGGAAACUCGGGUAAGUGGUUCCUGGUGGUAGAUUCUCGAUCAGAUCUCUAUAUUAUAGACGUGUUUAGCGAGGAGAAGAUCCAUCUCCCACCUCUAGAAUCAAUGAAAGGUGGUUAUUAUAAGCUUGAGCGAGUAGCAGAUAAGGAAUUGACAUGCAAAUUGAUUAGUGAGUCGUAUCGAUCUGGGGUUGUUUUAACGGCCAUGGAUCUGAGAGGUCUUUUGUGGGUAGACGACAAGAGUGGAAACUACGUUGUUGUUUGGAAAUAUGUUGAGCUGGGUAGACAAUUUUUAGGUUAUUGCAAGAAAGGGGAUGAUCAUUACACCGAGAUUCCAACAGCCAAGUUGGGUGAUGUUCGCAGGGAGUUACGAGGCCAACGUGAUCUGGUACUCAAAGGUUACAGUCUUUACAUCUUCACGUCUUAUGAUUACAUUCGACACCUGGAUCUUUCUGGACAAGAUGGUUUCAAGGAUGUUUCCGAGACCCAUAGGUUUCCAAUGUGGAGAGAUGAUUAUAUGAAUGAGGAACUACUCGGAAUGACGACCAUCUCAUGCCGCGAUACCAUUGUUGUUACAACAUCAGGAGAGGCUUUGAUUGUCCAUAGUAGAGGUUACGAGUCUAACGAAAACUUUGAAAAACAUAGGAUAUUCCGCGUGUACAAGAGGGAUUCUAAAGAUCUAGACCCCGAUACCAGAGACACAAGGCUUGUUCAGGUGGAUUCUCUAGGUGAUGAGGCACUGUUUCUUGAUAUGGGCUUCACUGUACCUGCUGACCAUACCCUUGGUAUUGAGCCAAACUCCAUCUACUUCACACAUGAUAACCGUCUCCGUCCUGAUUGGAGGACUCCACGCUUCGACAUCUGUGUGUACAAUCUUGCAACAAAGACCACCAAACGCUUCCCGGUUCUCUCCAACUUUAACCUCAAGGAUGCUCGGUGGUUUCUCCCCUAGUGAUAUAUGAUUCGUGUCGUGUCCUUUCUUUGAGCGAUUCUCUUGCUUUUGUUAUUCCUCGGGGACUCCUUUGCUUUGUUUCUUUCCGCUGCAUCCUCCUCAUGUUGAGCUAUUUCCAGACUCUUAAUUAUCCUCGUUUUUCUUUUCAUGUAUAAUCUAUGACAUUGCUAAGUGUUUAAUUAUCUUUUUAAG